AUGAUCCUCGCCCGAGUUCGAGGAAGCGAUCUUCCUGUCAUAUUCAUCCGGCUAAUCGAACUUUUCACUAUCUCUCUCCCAGCAGUCAACUACUUUUUCAAUUAUGUCAUUCUUCCCAUUGGUCAAGCACAGAUUGCACUGGGUGACACAAUCAUCAUCCUUAUCAUAUUUCUCGCUGCUUUGACUCCAUCUGUUCUCACUUUAUGUACCCGUUUCGGCCAUCCUACGUCUCAUCUGGAAGAAGCAGCAACCAUCAUCUGGAUGGCCGUCGCAGCUUCCGCGUUCGUUCACAUUCAGUUUCACCAUGACCAGUGGAUAUAUGGCGCUUAUCUUUUGACUCUCAUUCUCACGGCCACGCACAGUCUAUCCAAGUGCGUCAACUUCCACGAAGGCACCUUUCCCGACUUCCCAUCUAUCUGCUUGGGCUACGGAAUAUUAAUGCUGGCUCCUGCAAUUCACGCAAGCUUGGGGUCAUCCGCUUCUCCACAAGCCAUGAUUCCAUCGUAUCUCAUCUAUAUCGGUCUUAAUGCGUUGGGAGGACUGAUUUACAUUUUCCGGAUGCCAGAUCGACUUGGCGUACUCAAUGGUAGCAAAUGGGUCUUGCACUGCUGUAAUGCUCUAGCAACAAUGUAUCUGUCCAAUACUUUGUUUGCCACCUUGGUCGCUGAUCAAUCGGGGCUGUGAGGCACAGUGCUUGGCCCGGGUCGCGACCCGCCCUUCGUCGCGUUUCGCGUGGAGCGCGUGCUUUUUGAAGAUGCGUGGCAGCCUACCAGCGGCAAUAUCUCACGCUUCAUCUAGAUCUCACCCAAAUGAGAUUACGAUGAGUCUGCC